AAAUCAGGUCAUAUUAUAUCAUAUCAUAUCACUUCAUAUCACAUCACAUCACGUCGUAACAAAUAAAACAAAGUUAAAUUAAACUGACACUGUGACGGUUCAUUCUUCAAGGGGAAUACCGCUUAUACGCGCAGCGGAAUGGUGGCGGUUUUGAGAGAACCAAUGGAUAACCCUUUUUCCACAGAAAAGCAAAAGCACGAACAAGGUAAAAAGGAGCCACAAAAUCGCAGCUUUUAAUUUCCAACAAAUUGCAAUAAAAUGAGCAUGGCGCUUACGAAAACUUUACGAAAUGGCGAAACUUUCAUAAAAUAAACUAUUUUUUUAAGUUGCUUAUAUGCGUACGUACAAACAUGCAGAACUUCCCCCCAGGUCGAUUUUACCCAAGGGCGCAACAUUUUAAUGCUUAUGUAACGGUAGCAUCAAAACAUCCAUUUGGGGUUUCCACUGAGAGAGGGAUUCUCUUCAAAAGAAGGGAAGCGCUCACUUGGGAGAAAAGUAGAACUUUCCUACCAGAGAAGAGCAUUACCCAUUAUCUGUGCUCGUUUUGACGUAGCCCUUUGGUGCAGGCCUUGCUUCUCCCCCCCUUUUUUUUUUUUUUUUUGGCCCCUACUGGGAUUAUUCCUCAUUUUAGCCCCAAAUGUCCCUUCUCAAGCUAAUAUACGUAAUAGUGAUGCCGCUGGGCAUAACCCUGCUUUUGUCCUGCCUGCUGAAAAUAAGAUUCCUCGUACGGUUCAGUUACUCAUUUUGUCGCAAACAAAUUGGGGACACCCCGAUCAGAAUCGUCUCCCUAAUUUUGCUGCUAAACUUUAUGCUAUUCAUCACGGAAUCGUAUAAAUUGAAAUAUGGCGUGAAUAAAAUGUAUAACCCGAAGGAAGCCAUACCGGGGCUGUCAGAUGAGUACUACAAAAUUUACAAAUGGAGACAUGAGCGGAACUGGUGGAUUGGCCUUUCAAAUUUGUGCAUAUGGUUAAUGUUGUGGAGGUCAACGGGGAUAAUUAACAACUACGUUAAGUACUUGGAGAACAGGAAAACGCAGAUGGGCCUUUUGUGACGGGGGAGCAGGAGCUUCCGAGAGAAAGGCUGCACGUGAAGAAGUGCACAGGGAAAAGUUGCCGAACGAGCAUUUGCCGCGCCCCC